AUGGUUCUGCAUUAUGCAAAGUGAGAAAAUUGCUGAUUUUUUUGGAUUUUAAUGAAACUUGGGGCAAAUUUGACGUCUCGAAGGCAUCUCCGCGAUUUCGAGCAAGAUCUUUCUGCACUAAAAAUUUUAAAAACAAAAAAAAAUUUCUGUGAAAUUUUCAUUAUUGAAACCCUCAAAUAACUCAAAAGAAAGGCGUUUCCAAGUCCGAAAAUAACUAGUUUCGCCAAUUUCUCACAAAAAAUUAUUAGCUUUGUCUAAUGACCCUCCAAAAAAUGUAAAAAUAAGAGGAACAAGGCGGAAGUGGUGGGUAGUGGUAAAAUGAUACGGGUUUAUUCCAAGUUCCCGCGGUUGUUUUGAUACCUACACAGUUCGUAUCAAAUUUAGCUCGCGUUUUGCAGAAUUACCGGGAUUUUUUGGGUCGAAAACAGGAAAAUUUGACUUUUUUGCUCGAAUUUUUUGAGUCAGAUUUUUUGAAAAAUAAAUUUUUGCCAAAUUAAAAAAAAAUCUGAAAAAUUUUUUUGGUUUUUCAUUUUGUUUCGUUCAGUUGGGUCUCUAAAAUCGCCCGUGCUCAAAGUUUCAUCCCGAAAUUUGGCAUUGGUCAUGAUGAAUUACUCGAAAUUCGGGUAUUCAAGCCAAGAAAUUCAUCGUUUUUGGGCCGCGGGUUUUGAUGAAUGGCUCCUCCGUAGAACUGUUGGAUAUUCGAGCAGUUUUUAGGGGCUUUUAUCCCGUAAUUUUUGGUAAAUGAAAAAAAAAUUUUUGAUUUUUUGUUGGAAUUUUUUGGAAAAAUAUUUUUUUUUGCCUAAAUUGUUGAAAUACCAAUUUUUGACCGUGAUUUUCUUCGAAACACCGAUUUUUCAGAUUUUUCAGCCCCUCAAAGAGUAAUUCCAGCCUUUUUCAGCCACUCCAAAUUCGGCCCAAACUUGGCCACAGCGAUGUGGAAGGAUGGCUGUGGAUGGAACCAUCGACGACGAACCACCUUCUUCUGGUUCCGAAUAAAGUGCCUUUUCUUGGUGGUGUUGGCCUAUCUGGCCGUUGUCCGGAUAUGCGAUGUAAUGGUAUGAAAUUUAUUAUUUUUUUUUGAAAUUUAGAACAUGGAUAAUAUAAUUUGCAAUUUUUUUGUGUAGAACUCGCCGAAAGAAACUGAAGUCCCAUUGGAUACGGCGAGAAGACAGUUGGCCCUUCCUUCGAGAGUCGGCAGAAUCUUGAAUAGUGCUGUAAAUGGAACGGAGGUAGGUGGAAUUUUUAUAUUUUUUCGUUGAUUUUUAGGUAAAUUGACGGGUGUAAAAUGGAUUUAUGACUCUGUAAUUUAUCGCUGUUUGAUUUUUAACAGAUGAACAAGUGAAUUUUUGCGAAAUUCAGACAUAUUUUUACUAUAAUUUGUCAUGGAUAAUAUAAUUUUUGAUGAAAUUUUGCGAUUUUUUGAUCUAAAAUGAAAGGAAAUUUCUCGUAGGUGAUUUGUGUUGGCUUUAAACGGAGUCAGGGAUUUGGUUUCAUCAAAAAAAAGUUAAUUAAAAAAAUUUUUGUCUUCGUGAUUUUAUUCCCAAACCCGAAAAUCAAUGUAUUCCAGGCGCGAGACCCGAUUGCAGUCCUCAUAUUCUGCGCAACGAGAGCGGCCGCCAUCGAAAACCAUCUCAGCCAAGUGGUAAAACAACGGCCGUCGCCCGACCUCUUCCCCAUUUACGUGAGCCAGGACGGGAACAAGCAAGAUGUGGCGGAGGUGGUCCGAAAAUACAUGCGAGACUUCAAGAACAUCCAUUUCAUCCAACACCAAUCCUCAUCCGUGGGGCAGAAGGGCAAGGCCUACCACAACAUCGCGGCCCACUACAAAUGGGCGCUGGACUCGGUGCUGGCCAACUUUUCCGCCGCCAUCAUCACCGAGGACGACCUGGACAUUGCGGAGGACUUUUUCAGCUACUUCGAAGCCACUCGCAAGCUCCUCGACGCCGACCCAACCAUAUGGUGCAUCUCGGCGUGGAACGACAACGGCGGCAAUCGACUGGUCGACAAUAAUAAACCGGAUCUACUCUACCGGACCGACUUUUUCCCCGGCCUCGGAUGGAUGAUCAAGGCCAAUGUUUGGGAGGAGUUGACCCAAAAAUGGCCUGCCGCUUAUUGGGACGACUUUAUGAGAACCCCGGAAGCAAGGAAGAAUCGGGUUUGCAUCAGACCCGAGGUCUCCAGAACACGACACAACAAUCGGCUGGCCGGAAAAGGCAGUAGCAAGUGAGUGGAGUAUUGAUUUAGGGGUUUUAACUAGAAAAAUCGAAAAAUUUUGAGUUUGAAAUGGGUUUGUUGAGGUCUUUGAUAUUGUGUUUUGAUAUUUUCCCUAUCCUUUUUUAGCUUUUUAGAGCUAAAAAUUCAGUUUCAGAUUUCACUGUGCAAAAAUUUAGGCUUUUUUACACUAUGAAACUGCACUGUGCAAAAAUGUAGGCUUUUUUACACUAUGGAACUGCACUGUGCAAAAAUGUAGGCUUUUUUGCCCUAUGAAAUUGCACUGUGCAAAAAUCUAGGCUUUUUUACACUAUGGAACUGCACUGUGCAAAAAUCUAGGCUUUUUUUCCACUAUGGAACUGCACUGUGCAAAAAUGUAGGCUUUUUUACACUAUGAAACUGCACUGUGCAAAAAUCUUGGCUUUUUUGAACUAGAAAUUGCACUGUGCGAAAAUCUAGGCUUUUUUACACUAUGGAACUGCACUGUGCAAAAAUGUAAGCUUUUUUGCCUUACGAAACUGCACUGUGCAAAAAUUUUAAAAAUCAUUUUCUACCUAAUUUUGAGCUCUGCGAAUAUGACAUGACCAUAAUUUACCCUUUUCAGCGGGCAAUACAAGAGUUUUCUGGAGCGAAUUGCCGUCCCAAAAUCGCCGGUGGACUUUUCGUUGAUCGAUAUGAGCCGUCUGAUCCGGUCGAAUUAUGACCCGGAGUUCCGCUCCAAAAUCCUCCAGGCCAAGCCCAUCUCCAUCGAGGAGUUGCUGUCGGACAACAAGUUGGACCCCCAAUUCGCAUAUCGGAUAUCAUUCAAGGACCCAAGGGAAUUUCGAAAAUUCGCCAACCCUCUAACCCUGAUGAAUGAUGUCCGAGGAGGACUGAUCCGAACAAUCUACCAAGGUGUACUGACCUUUGUCCACAAAGGUGCGAGAAUUUAUGCGGUUAUGGCAAGCGUGGACUUGCAAAAACCGUUCGAGGAAAAGGUCCCGGAUCGGGAUGUGUAUGAUGUAAAGUGGGACAAAAUGAGCCGGUUCCUGGACUUUGAGAGCGUGAUCUGCAAAAAGUAAGAGGGAAAUUUGGAAAAGUUUGAUUUUUUGGAGGAAAAAUUUGAAAAAAUCGAAAAUUUUUGGGGUUUUUGGAGGAAAUGGGUUUUUUUCAUUUCAAAAUGGGAGUUUACGAAAAUUUAGAGGGUCUUGAUUGAAGGAGUAGACUGUAAAAAAGGUGAUUCAAAUUGGUGAAUACUGUAACAUUGAUUUUUUGACGGAAAUUUAAUGGAGAUGGAUAAAAAAGAAGAAAAUUUGUAAAAGUUUGAUAAAAUUUGGAUUUUUUGGUGUGUUUAUGAAUAUAAGGUGAUGAGCAAUGAUCAAUAAGGGCAGUAUUAGAAUGAGGAUUGCUGUAACGCAAAUUUUCUCGGAGAUUCCAUCCGAAAAAUCAUAAAAAUCUGGUUUUUGAACUUUUUUUUCGAGUUUUUGUGGUUAAUAAUCAUUUUAAUAGGGAGAUUAGUAAUUUUUUGGGCUUUAGAAAGUACCAUGGCUGAGCUUGGAGUAUUUUACCUUUUUGGUUUAGAGGAAAAUCGUGAAAGUUUGAGGUUUUUCGCAAAAAAUCGGCUUCGUGGAAACUGGACAGAGUGAAACUCGACAGAAAUAAAUUGGACAGGGUGUGAAAACUGGAUUGAGAGAAAUGGAACAGGAGGAAAUUCGACAGAUUUUUUUUACUGCAAAAAAAUAUUUCAUUUGUCACAUUUCGUACGAUUGCAGUGAAAAAAUCUGUCGAUUUUGCCCUCUAUUUCCCUCAAUCCAGUUUUCACACCCUGUCCAAUUUAUUUCUGUCGAGUUUCAUUCUGUCCAAUUUCCAUGAAGCUGAUUUUUCGCGAAAAACCUCAAAUUUUCACAAUUUUCCCCCAAACCAAAAAAGUAUAAUACUCCAAGCUCAGCCAUGCUACUCUCUAAAGCCCCCAAAAUUGCUAAUCUCCCUAUUAAAACACGAUUUUUCUAACACUCGAGCGCACCUUUAUUGGCCGGCUACACGAAAAUUCAAACUGCUUCAAAUCCAGCGAAACUUUCAAAUCUGUGCCUAUGGACAGUUCUAAGAAACUUUCCCGUUAACUUUUUUUGAUUACUCACCGUAGCGUGGGUUACUGUAACUUGACCUCAAAAUUUAUAUCUCGGUAACCAGACGUCGUAGAAGGACGGGACCUUCACCAUUAUGUUCCUCAUGCAAAAUAACGUGUUUUUGGUUGUUACACCCGGAUAUGAAAAUUAUCGGAAGGGUUCCAAAAUUUGAAUAUUCAUGCGCUGAACAAUAAAUCUUCAAUUUUCUCGAAAACUGGUUAUUAUUUUAGCGCUUUUUUAUUGCAUAUUCUGAAAGCAGAGCUUUUUCUGAAUCGAAUGCAUAUAAGGAUUGCUCACAAAGCCGGAGAAUUUGGGGGGUAACCGGCCGCCGGAAGUUGGCGUACUCCGUUCGAGAUCUAAGAAAACGGUCUAAAAUCGCAGCAAAUUGGACAAUUUUUGAAUUUCUUUUUUUAUCCAGUUAACUCUAGGGCUUUUUUAGUCCUCAUAGACAAAAAGUCAUCAACAAAUUUAUGUUGAAAAGCCCGUUUUAAAAAAAUUUGCAUAUUUUCGCGCAGUUCUUAAAAUUUGUAAAUAUCUCAAAUAUUUCCAAUGUUAUACCCAUUAUUAUCAUUGUACAAUACAUUAGGCAAUGUGAGAAUCCAACUUUAACUAUACGUGUCGCAAUUUGAACACCAUGUUUUGCGCAGGAAGGCGCUAUCUAUAUGAACACGUAGUGAAAACUGUUAUCUCUUGUUUUUCUCGUGAAAUUAUGCUAAUUUUAGCACUUUUUUAUUGCAUUUUCAAAAAGUACAGUGUAUCCUGAUUCGAAUGCGUUCAAGUAUGUUACAAGUCGAUGGAGAUUUGAGUGAAAACGGAGCUGCUGCUACAGUUCACAUGCAAGUUUAUGACCCCAUUUUAAAUCAACAAUGAAAAAGAUAAUAGUACGCGAUUAUUACACAAGGGUUAUAUCAGUGACGAUGACAUCUUUCGUCCCAUCGUUUUCUAAAAUUUCGUCUAUAAUUUCCUCAAAGUGAGUCGGAAAAAUUGGCUCAUUCUACAGGAAUUUGGCUCUCGUCCACAUCUUCAGUGUCUUCCUGAAUGUCUCUACGGAACCUAGGGGACGGCUCACUAGCCUUUGGCUCUUGUGUAGGCCACUGUUUAGCAAACUUCGUAAAGAAUAAGCGAUUUGCUGCCAAUUGAGAAACUGAGGUUAUAAGAACUUUGGCAGCUCCGUUUUCACUCAAAUCUCCAUCGACUUGUAGCAUACUUGAACGCAUUCGAAUCAGGAUACACCGUACUUUUUGAAAAUGUAAUAAAAAAGUGCUAAAAUUAGCAUAAUUUGACGAGAAAACAAGAGAUAACAGUUUUCACUACGUGUUGAUAUAGAUAGCGCCUUCCUGCGCAAAACGUGGUGUUCAAAUUGCGACACGUAUAGUUAAAGUUGGAUUCUCACAUUGCCUAAUGUAUUGUACAAUGAUAAUAAUGGGUAUAACAUUGGAAAUAUUUGAGAUAUUUACAAAUUUUAAGAACUGCGCGAAAAUAUGCAAAUUUUUUUAAGACGGGGUUUUCAACAUAAAUUUGUUGAUGACUUUUUGUCUAUGAGGACUAAAAAAGCCCUAGAGUUAACUGGAAAAAAAAAGAAAUUCAAAAAUUGUCCAAUUUGCUGCGAUUUUAGACCGUUUUCUUAGAUCUCGAACGGAGUACGCCAACUUCCGGCGGCCGGUUACCCCCAAAUUCUCCGGCUUUGUGAGCAAUCCUUAUAUGCAUUCGAUUCAGAAAAAGCUCUGCUUUCAGAAUAUGCAAUAAAAAAGCGCUAAAAUAAUAACCAGUUUUCGAGAAAAUUGAAGAUUUAUUGUUCGGCGCAUGAAUAUUCAAAUUUUUGGAACCCUUCCGAUAAUUUUCAUAUCCGGGUGUAACAACCAAAAACACGUUAUUUUGCAUGAGGAACAUAAUGGUGAAGGUGCCGUCCUUCUACGACGUCUGGUUACCGAGAUAUAAAUUUUGAGGUCAAGUUACAGUAACCCGGACUACGGUGAGUAAUCAAAAAAAGUUAACGGGAAAGUUUCUUAGAACUGUCCAUAGGCACAGAUUUGAAAGUUUCGCUGGAUUUGAAGCAGUUUGAAUUUUCGUGUAGCCAAGGCUCUCGACUCAUAGAAAAAUCGUGUUUUAAAAUGAUUAUUAACCACAAAAACUCGAAAAAAGUUCAAAAACCACAUUUUUAUGAUUUUUCGGAUGAAAUCUCCGAGAAAAUUUGCGUUACAGUAAUCCUCAUUCCAAUACUGUCCUUAUGGAUCAUUGCCUAUCACCUUAUAUUCAUAAACACAUCAAAAAAUCCAAAUUUUACCAAACUUUUACAAAUUUUCUUCUUUUUUUGUCCAUCUUCAUUAAACUUCCAUCAAAAAAUCGAUGUUACAGUAUUCUCCAAGUUGAAUCACCUUUUUUACAGUCUACUCCUUCAAUCAUGACCUACUAAAUUUCCUAAAUCGAAUCAUAGUUACCGUAUUUUUCCCAUAACAAUACAAUUUUUCCAGGUAUUCCGGUAAAUGUGACCCAUAUUCCGCCGAAAUGAUCGAAUGGAUCAAGAAGAAACAUUGGACCAAAAAAGUCGCCAACUACGGUGAAAUGAUCGUAUUUUAG